AUGAGUCAAGCUGAGGACAGCAGUAUCCACUCAACAUGGAAUAUUGUGAGGUCAGUAGUCUGCAUAAUAGUGAGCCUCUCAUUUAUUAUUGGGAUCCCAAGAAACUGCAUUGUCAUCUGGACUGUUUGUACAAAAAUGAAGCAAGUGUCUCCUUCAGUCCUGCUCGUCUUGAACCUGGCCAUUGCAGAUGUCCUUGUACUGAUUACUUUACCAAUCUGGAUUUACUCCUUUGCUGACUCAUGGGUUUUUGGAGUCAUCUUCUGCAAAAUACUGGUUUUUGUUAUUUACUGCAGCAUGUAUGCUAGUAUAUUUCUAAUUACAGCACUGAGCCUGGAACGGUUAAUGGCUGUGUUCUACCCUUUCACAGUUCAGAGGUACAAAACAAAAGGAAAGAUUUCUUUAGUCAUGUUCCUCAUUUGGUUACUCUCUGUUGCUUUUGGCAUUUCUGUCAUUCCGUUUCAAGAGACAGAAGAGAUGGAUGGUAGACUAGCAUGCACAUGUGGCAAUUACUCUUCUAAUAGUCAGAGAGUGUCAUAUCUUUUGCUGGAGACUCUUGCAGGUUUUGUAAUCCCAUUUUUAAUUAUUUGCACUUGUUACAUGUGUGUUGCAAGAAGAAUAAGAGGAAUGACUUACCAGUCCAAGCAGCGAUCGGAACGGCUCAUCGCCAGCAUCGUGGUGGCAUUCAUUUAAUGCUGGUUCCCUCAUCAUCUUUUUAAUAUCCUAGAUAUUAUUUCAAUUCAGAUAGAACUCUCUAAUGAGGAAAUGUCUUUGGCGCUGGAUGAAGUUGUAAACAUAGGAGUGUACAUCUCUGGAGCACUUGCAUUCCUCAGUAGUUGCAUUAACCCUCUACUUUAUGCUUUUGCUGCACGAAGAUUUCAGAAUCACCUGAAAUUUGCCAAAAUAGCAAAGCUGUUUGAACAGAUGAGUCAGACUGUAACAGAGGAAGACAAGAAAAAAAGUUUGGUUGUAACCAAACAAGAAGAGACUUUAGUAGGCACAGAAAAUCUCUAA